CUCCUCCUCCUCCUCCCCUCUGUCUCUCUCUCAAAUGCAAUCACAGUCACUUCCCUCUUCCCCUCUGUCCUUUCUUCUCAGAUGUCACCUUCUUCACCUCCUCCAUCAUCUUGUGUUCUCACCUCUUUCUCAUUAAGUCUAAUCCUCGUCUCUGUCGUUUACUUUCCUUUCUUCCUCCCUUCUUCCAGAGUGUAAGAACCUUUGUCUUUGUCCUCCAGGUGUCCGUCGUCUCCCAGAGAUGGACCAGAGCUCCGGCGCUAACGUCCACUACACGCUGCUGAUCGCCUGCGUGCUGGUGGCCUUCUUCCUGGGCGCCAUCUUGUCGGGUUUCCUGGUGUCGUGUUACUGCGGCCGCAGCGCCGCUCAGCGGGCGAGGAGGCUCGGCAAAGACCCCGAGGCGUCGCUGCCUCACGCCCUGUCGCUGAGAUCCCUGGCCAAGCUCAACGGGUUGCUGGACGGACAGCCGAAGGAGGACAAGCUGGACGUGUCCACCCCGAGGAUGUACAGCUCCUUCAUCCCCAACGGCCGGGCGGAGCCUCACCUCCACACCCCCUCACACCAGGGCCUGCAGCUGGGGGACCCCGACCUCAGCCUCUCCCAGUCUCUGUCUCAGGCUGAUGGAGAGCUGUCCGGUCUGCCCACCCCCGACUCCACCCCGGAGCUCCCCAUCAAGAACAUGAAGGCCCUGCGGCACCACCAGUACGAGAAGAACCAGAACUGCAACAACGCCAAGGACAACAACCCCAAAUCUGGGCCCAGCUGCUCCGGAUCCAGUCUGGGUUUCAUGGCCAUUGUCGGGAACUCUAUGAGCCAGCAGGUGUUCCCGUUCUCUCAUCAUCACAGCAACAGUUUGAGCAAUGGAGCGGCCCGCGGAGCGGGCGCCUCUUCCACUUCGCUGCACCUCCCUGAGGAGAGCAAGGUGUUGAACGAGGAGCGAGCAGCAGCAGGAGGAGGAGUCCCGCAUCACCACCACUCCCAGCAGUCGCUCCCCCAGACGGUGGUGGACGUGUCGGCGCUGGACGAGCUGCUCAAACACAUCCAUGAGGUCAGCGCGUCGGGGACCGGAGGCAUAAAAGUCCUCACCUCCUCCUCGUCCUCCUCCGGGGGACAUCAUCACAAUCAUCACCCUCAUCAUCAUCAUAAUAACCCCCACGGCCAGACCCGCACCCACCACUACAACCACAGCCAUCACCAUACCAACCACCACAACAAUAACGGCGGUGGUCAGCAUCACCAGCAGCAGAUCCCCGAGAGGGAGUCCGCUCCGUACUACAGCACCUCCACGCUGCCGAGGGACGGCCUCCCCAAACGCCCGGACGCUCCCGUCCACAACUCCACCUCGUCCUCCGCUUCUUCCUCCUCCUCAUCCUCCAACAACCCCACCUCCUCUACCUCCAUCCCUUCUUCCUCCUCUUCCUCCUCCUCCACUCCGCUCCAGCAGCAGGUGAUCCCGGAGAGGCCCGGAGAGAGCGACGUCUCGGUGAGCCGCCACCUCUCGCAGCGCCACUCGCUCAUCAAGAUGGGCGCCGUGCCGCGCCACCACAGCUUCAACCAGCGGGGGGGGCAGCAGCACGCACACUUUCUCGCCAGGAUGAACACCAACAGCAGCAGCAACGGCCCCCCCAACGCCAACAUGAACGCCGACGGUGAGAGCCAGCGGCCGUCGGUCGGCAGCGCUUGCCUGAUGCGGCAGCACAGCUACAGCGAAGGGCCUCACGCGCAGCGGGCGGCGAUCGUCCGGAGAACGGUGUCCCUCAAACCACAAGUCCCGCCAAAACCGCUGUUUCUUCCCAACGCGGCGGCGUCGCCGGUAGCCAGGGUGGGAAAAUACAACUACUGAGACUGUAGGAGGAGGCGGUGCCGGUCCAACAUGGCUGCUGCUGCUGGUCCUCACAAAGCAGAGCACUCCUGAACGUCCGCAGGGCUUGUGAGAAAAGACAAAAUGAGAGCAUUGAUGGGACGAAAGGACACGAAGGAGACUUUGAGCUUUUUGCUUCCCGUCCCUGCUCAUUACCGCCCUUCAGUUGUGGUUGUUCUUCCUGCUGAGAGGAUGCCGCCUCUCUGAGUCACAGAGCAGAGACGCAGAGAUACUCGUGAGGAUCGGCGGACUAAACGCUGUCUCUGACUCAUUCCUUUCGUCACAGACUUGCAGAGACGCGUCUGAGAAACAUUCCAAAAGGAGGGCGAGACGUGUUCGUGGUUCUGAAGAAGUCCCCCAAAGGCUGGUGGCCCAAAAAAGAAAUCCUUGAUUAAUGCAGUUUUCUUAUGAUCUUUGAUCUAACGUCCCCGGUUGUUGCACCUUGGCACGGGGCCACAGAUUCCACUUGCAAAGAUUCAGAGAAGCAGAGAAGCGAACUACUGCAAAGACUCCGAAAUGGAGAGACUCUGGGACCGCUGAGAGAGCUGGACAUGGAGUCACAAACGUCUCUCUGAAUCCGGUCCAGAGAAUAUUGAAAUUGAAAAGAGUUCUUUCUCCAAAAAACCCUCCACGUUGGUUUCAGUUAUCGUGUCCGACGUUCAGGAGACGGAGGUCGUUGAACACAUCAGCAACACCAGAAAGAGACGGCGAUGCUUCGUGAGCCGUCACUGAUGAAUGUUCUUCUUUUGUACCAUAUUGGUAUCUGAAGCAGUGAUGUUGUGUCUGGAGUCCAGCAGGAUGGAUGAUGCAUUCAGUGCUCCUCUCAUUCAGCAACUUGUAUGUUCAAAUGACUUCAUUGAUAUUCUUGAGUUCAUAUUCAUUUGCUCUCCAGAAGCUCAGCGCUGAGUCUUUAUGAACUGCAGGAUCUUUAGAGAUGUGUUCGAUGGAGCUGUUGAUCACGAACCUCGUGAGCUCACUGAGUUAAAAGUACAACGAAGUUUGACCUUCACCCAAAACCCCGUGUUCUCUCUCACUAGCGCUGCGCUUCAUGUUUCCACUGCACGUUCAACCACAACACACAUUCUAUAUGUUCAACAUGUCGAGAGGAGAAAAUAAGCAAUAAAAGUUGAGUCGACCCUUCAGCUGCAUGACGACCUGCAGCAGAUACAGGGAGUCAGGUCCAGGCUCGUUUAUUUCACAUCAGUUAUUUGUCAGAUCAGUUGUAACAACAGAUUUCACGCUGUUGAAGUUUAGUGUCGUCUGCAUGUGAGCAACAUGCACGGUGAAGGUUUGUCUCUCUCUGCUCCACUGGGGAGAGAAUCUGCUGUUCUCCUUGUUCUCCUUGUCCUCCUCCCAGGGUUCGUCUCUCGUCCGUUCUGAGGACGUUUUUAGUGUUUGUGCGCUCGGCCGCAGAGGUCAGAGGUUAAACGGUGAAACACGCAGGAGAGGAGCAACGCUGCCAGCAACAGCAAUAACAAGUCUGCAACGGGGAAUAACAUGGCUGUAAAUAAGAGGAUGAGCUGCAUGCACCUAAAGCUGGCAGAGCUGA